AUGGACUCGGAAGAGGAGAUGAUGAUGAUGUGCGGGUCAUCGAUGCCCCCUGCCUCGUCACGAUCGAACAGCCGAGGACCAGGCCAUCGUGCGCGCUGUCAACCGCCGCAGGAGUCUGUGCGACAGUUUUGGGAACAGUUCACCACAAAGUACCCCGGCAAGGUGUACACCAUCCUGCCGGAUAACCCUUAUGCGCGGACUAGAGCGAAGCGGGUUCCCAACGGGGUUAUCCAGGGCCACGAGGCUGUCAAGUCCUAUGAGCAGGCGCGACGUGAAUGCCGGAAGUCUGUCGAGCGCAUUGUUAAGGAAUGCGAGCGCGUGAAUCAGAAGUAUACCGAUCCGCACUUCGAUAUUGAGUUGGAUCUCAAGUCCGGUUUGCGGCAUUACCUGGAUGGCCUUGACAAGGUCAACGAGGAAAUGAGGCCGCGCGGCGUCAAACGAGUGACGGAAAUCUUCGAGAAUCCCCAGUUCUUUGUCAAUGGACCAACGGCGUCGGACGUGCGCCAGGGCUACGAUGGCGACUGCUGGCUGAUGGCGGCCCUCUGCACUAUGGGGAACAAGGAAGGUCUGAUUGAAAAGAUCUGCGUCGCCCGGAACGAAAAGAUUGGCAUUUAUGGCUUUGUUUUUUAUCGCGACGGUGAAUGGCAACAAUGCAUUGUGGACGACAAGCUGUAUCUGCGUGCCGCCGACUAUGACGAAUCGAUUGAUGAGCGCCCACUUUGGGACGACAUCAACCGGACCGAUACUGAAGAAGAAUAUCGUCGAGUCUGGCAGACAGGAUCGCGAGCACUGUACUUUGCACAAUGCGUCGAUCCAAAUGAGACCUGGCUGCCCUUGCUGGAGAAGGCAUUUGCCAAGGCACAUGGUGAUUACUCUGCUAUCGAAGGUGGCUUUGUUGGCGAAGGCAUCGAGGAUCUGACUGGAGGCGUCACAUCCGAAGUUUUGUCUAACAACAUUCUGGACAAAGAUCGCUUUUGGAAUGAGGAACUCAUGAAAGUUAACAAGGAGUUCCUCUUUGGAUGUGGGACUGGUCUUUUCUCCAACUGGUUGGAUCCGAAGUAUAAUGGGCCGCCGCGAGAUCGCAAAGGUAUAUCGGAAAACCAUUCUUACUCUAUCAUGGAAGCCCGGGAGAUCAGAGGGUAUCGCCUUCUGCGACUUCGCAACCCUUGGGGUAAGAAGGAAUGGCACGGUGCCUGGGGCGACGGCUCAGAGCAGUGGACAGCAGAGUGGAUGGAGCUUCUUGGACAUAAAUUCGGAAAUGAUGGGUUUUUCUGGAUUUCGUACAAUGAUCUCUUGAAGAAAUACCAACACUUUGAUCGGACUCGACUGUUUGGGCCGGAAUGGACAAUCACCCAACAAUGGACGACGUUGAAUGUGCCAUGGUCUGCGGACUACCACAGCUCCAAGUUCAUUCUAAAUGUGACACGGAGCGGUCCUGUUGUCAUUGUCCUUUCACAACUCGAUACCCGCUACUUCAAAGGACUUGCGGGCGAGUAUAACUUUGUGCUGAAGUUCCGACUCCAAAAAGAGGGCGAGGAAGAUUAUAUGGUGCGAAGCCACAACAGCCAUUUCAUGGCCCGCUCUGUGAACGCGGAGAUCAAUCUCGAUCCUGGCCGCUACCAUGUUCUGAUGAAGAUCAUCGCCUUCCGACACGAAGAUGUCGAGUCAACCGAAGAGAUAGUGCGUCGCCUCGCUUCUACGAGACGCGAGAAGCUUGUACAGGUCGGCCUGUCGUACGACCUGGCUCAUGCCAAGGGCUUGGUGGCCGAGACAGAUCAGGAGCGCUAUGAAAGAGAACGUCGCAAAGCUGCCGAACGUAAGAAGCUCCGCGAGGAGACAAAAAGAAAACUGCAGAAAGACUACAUCCGAGAGCGCAAGAUGGCUGCCCGACAACAGCGAAUGCAAGCACGUCGGUCUGAUCGAACUUCAAACGGGGCAUCCCUUGAGCGAAGUCCUGAGCGCGGCCCUAUCCCAGGACAAAUUCUUCCUGAAACACAGACCCAAUCACCAAUCGAUGUCGCAAGCAUCUCCAGCGAUGGUAGCGAGCAAAGGCCAACGACAAAUGGCUCGGUUCCCACAAUCCAGUUCAACGGCUUGCACGCUAGACAUGCUAGUGGCUCUCACCGUCGACGAACCGAGUCACCGCGGCCGAGUCUCAAUACCCGGUUGGCCAUGGACAAUUUGGAUGGUAGUGAUGUGGAGCUGCUGGAUGGGUUUGAAUUUGAUAGCGACUUGGAUAUGCCAGCGGAGGAGAAUGACCAAAAGCCCGCAGCUCUUUUGCAAGAUACUGAUGGCCCUGUGACUGAUCCAUGGAACGCGGUUUGCGUCGUUGGAUUGCGUGUUUACUCUAAGGACUCGAAGUUGAGUCUGGAGGUGGUUCGUCCCGUUCCUGAGGACGAUACUGAGGCCCCCCUUGACCGUGACGACCCGGCGGCUUCGGCCACAAUUGAGAAAGCUUUCUGGGGCAUGAGCAUUGCGCCUUGA